CUAACACAUUCCCACGUACACUCACAUCAUCUUCCCCUAGCAGACCUUUCCUUGCUUGAUUUGACGAUGGUGUCUGCCGUUCUUACUUUAGUGGUUGUUCUAUUAGGUGUCAUUAUACUAAGGUUCACCAGAUUUCUCUCAUCCGGAAGAAAAAGAUCACACCCAUUGCCUCCAGGUCCCAAACCAUGGCCUGUUGUGGGCAACAUCUCAGACAUGCCACGACCUGGGUUUCCAGAAUGGGAACACUGGUUGAAGCAUAAUGACCUUUACGGACCUAUCAGCUCCGUGACUGUGAUGGGAACGAAUAUGGUGCUUCUACAUUCGGCUCGGUUGGCCUUAGAGCUUUUAGAAAAGCGUUCGGCGAUCUAUUCUUCAAGACCACGUAUGGUAUUUGGAGGAGAGAUGUGCGGAUGGGAGAACAUGACAGCUAUCAUACCCUACGGAAAUCACCUUCGCGCUCACCGAAAAUGCAUGUUCGCUGUACUUGGGACGAAAAGCGCCGUGGCACGCUUCUGUCCGUUGCAAAACGCCGAGGUGAAGCGUUUUUUAUUGCGCAUUCUAGGAAACCCACAAGAUAUUGACAAGCACGCCCUGUCUUUAUCAGGUGCUAUUAUCCUAAAGCUGACUUAUGGGUACACGAUCGAGCUCCAUACGUUCGAUCCCCUUGUCGACCUUGCAGAUAGACUUAACGAGCAGUUCGCAGCAGCCACGGUGCCAGGUGCCUGGCUUGUAGAUGUGAUACCAGCUCUUCGGUAUCUCCCAAAUUGGAUGCCCGGGGCAGGAUUUAAGAAAACGGCCAAAAUAUGGAAGGCAACGCUUUUAGAAUUCGUGGACAAACCAAAUAAAUUUGUCCACAAACGGAUGGCACAGGGUGACCACAAACCCAGUUUUGUAUCCUCACUAUACGAGCAAGCAGGCGACUUAGCAACCAGUGACGAAGAAGACCUGAUAAAAUGGAGCGCUGUUUCCCUAUAUGCCGCAGGUGCUGAUACUAGUGGCACUACAGUAACAAAUUUCUUCCUUGCCAUGCUGUUAUAUCCAGAAGUUCAAGUAAAGGCCCGAGAAGAGAUAGAUCGCGUCAUUGGAACACAUAGGCUUCCAACCUUUGACGACCGACAGAACCUCCCAUACAUAGAAACAGUUGUGACAGAAGCCUUCCGCUGGCACCCGGUCGGGCCCCUCGGCGUGCCUCGUGUGGCAACCGAGGACGAUAUAUGCGACGGCUAUUUUAUUCCCAAAGGCGCGCUAGUUAUUGCGAAUAUAUGGUGGUUCACCCACGACCCAGAGUCAUAUCCCAAUCCGGAAUCCUUCAAUCCCUCUUGUUACGUUGGCCCCGAUCCCUGCCCCGAUCCGCGCGACUUCGUCUUUGGAUUUGGGCGGCGCACCUGUCCCGCCAUGCUGCUCGGGGAGUCGUCUGUCUGGCUAGCCAUUGCUUGUACCCUUGCAGUGUUUGACAUAGCUAAACCAGUGGUGGCUGAAACGGGCGAGGUAAUUGAACCAGAGGCAAGGUUCACAGCGGGCACUGUCAGCCAGCCAUUUCCAUUCCAGGCCAGCAUCAAGCCCAGGAGUGCUGGACACGAAGCAUUGAUCCGGCAGGCAGAUGCUUUAAAAGCCGGGACCAGAAGUGACUCGGAGGACUUGCCUUGCUAGAAUUAAAUGCCUAGAAAUAUAAUGCGGCCGCAACAUGUGUACAGCAUGAGCUUAACCACCACUAUCAUGACUAAACCCCGAAGGUAAAGUAAGCAAUGUAUUAUACAAUGUAUUAUAUUCCGG